GCUGCGCGAGAUUGCGACUGCGUCGCUCAUCGAGGCGACGGCGCAGGCCAGGAUGGAGAGAGCAGCGGAGUCGAGAGCGGCCCUGGUGCUGGAGGACUUGAAGCUCGAGAUCGGCGAUCUUGUGAACUUCUGCAAACCCGGCAAGGCCCCGAAGGGCGCGCCGACGUGGAAGGGCCCAGCAAAGGUGGUGUCAGCGGCCGCGCCAGAGUCGGGCUCGCUGACACUCCAGUGGCAGGGUCGAGACAUGACGAUCAAGGCCACUGCCAUCAGAAGGGCGAUUUUGAUCACCUACGCCGCGUCGUUCGUGUCGAAGGAAAGCGAUCCAGCUCGGGUGCCCCUCGACUUUGCGCGCGAUAUCGGCGGGGGCUUCGAGCGCCCAGGCUGGGCGAGUGCCUCAGAAUGCGAGUCGUUGACGAAGGUGUCUCAGAAAGGCCCCAGAGUGGUGGCGGCCAUGCUGCAGGUAGCCUCGUACGGCUUGCAUCUCAAUGGGGCUGUGGCGGCACGAGUUGACAGAAAGGUGCCGACGCUGCCUGGGCUGCGCGACUUCGAGUUCCGCGCGACGCGCCGGUGGAUGCCGAGGAGACAAGGCAAGGACGACACGGGCGUGGAAGCGGAGUCUAACGAGGAGGCAGAUGAGGAGGACAGUCUCGAGAAGCUAUACUCGGUCGAGGCACUCUGGUCGAUACCGAAAGAAGGCAAGGAAAUACCCAAUGAGAACGAUGUCCUGGAAUUGGUGAGGUAUCUGACGGAGGAGCCGGACACCUCGGCCAUCGACAGGAGUGACGUGAUCACGGACUACGAUGUCAUGGAGGCCUGGAUGACUCAGGACGACAACUACGGCAAGCUGACUACGGAGAUUGCGGAGUCUCUGCAGCCCGAGAAGGUUAUGCAUAUUGUUUUCGCAGCAGGGGCAUGGAAGAUGCUAAACGAACCCUACGUCGCGGGAGAUCCCAGACACGACGACGAUGUGGUGAUUCUCACCUUUUACGGGAACGGUGCCGCGAAGGCAAAGAUGGAGCGCGACGACAACAUCCUGACGCCGGUCGAAAAGAUAGAACACCGAGAAGCAUUACGAGCCGGGCGUCUCAAGGUGUUGCGCCACUGGGCAGGUUUCAAGGCCAUGUCCAGGUUGGCAGCACGCGGGUUGAAGGACCGUCAUAAGGACGAAGCUGAGGCCUUCACGGCGACGGGCACCCGCUGGGGACAGCGAGCGGUGAAGAUUCGGGCGGCUCAACACCGGUGGAAGCUCUGCAAUGCGGACAUCUCCUCGGCACUUCUUCCGGGCAUGCCGUCUGAAGAGGUCUCGCAGUUACGGAACGAGCCUAUCAGAGAGACAUGUUUCGAGCUGCCCCACAGAUCGGAAGAAUUGCGAUGCGAGGUCGAGGGCUUCGAGCUCCUCGUCCUCGGUCUCAACGACGCUCCGAUCAAAUGUUGUUGUCGGUUGGUCUUCGAGCAACUCAUGUCGAUUCCCAACUUUGGCUGA